UCUUUGCACUCAACACGCUGAAAACAUGAAGGGGGUCAUCGCUCUUCUCCUGGCAGUUCUGUACUUUGAGGGACUCAAUGCUGAGUGCCCCGAACCAGCCACGCUGAGCGAUGAAAAUGGAAGCAAGCUCUGCGCUCAGAUGUUCGAGCACAGCAGCUACUACUACGCUGAAAGCUGUACUGGCAAAUUCUUGUACGUUUAUCCUGAUGAAGACACACCCAUCAUGUCAUGGACUUGGAAUAACCGCAUUUCUUCUCUUGUGGUGGGCCGAGGCUGCUCCCUGACAGUGUGGUCUCAAUCCAAAAAGCAAGGAAGUAAGAAGAAGUUUUCUGCUGGCAUUGUGUACCACCUUAAGGAAGUGCCGAAAGGCCUGUUUGGAGACUGGAACGAUUCCAUCUCAGGAUACUACUGCAUAUGCUAGACAUGAAGCAUGAGACUGAAAGCACAUUAACAUAUAAUGUCAAUGACACAGAACAUCUGUAACCCUAGUGAAUCUGUGUUUUCAGAUAUUCUGCUCAUCGUGAUUCUGCUCAAGUGAAUUAAACGUCACAUGUUGCUGCAGGAAAUCUCUGCAAAAAUGUGAUGCAGAAACA